AUGUCAACUGUAACAACAAAAAGACUAGACUUAUUAUUUACUAGCAAAACAUUAAUUAUUUUUUCACUUGUUAUAUCUAUAUUUAGUCUAUAUUAUUUUGUUAUAAAAAGUAAAACAUCAUCAUCAACAAUCAAUUUUCUUGUUUCAUCAUUACCAUCAUUGUCAUCAAGAGAGCUUAAUUCUAAUCCAUGUCAAUUAUCUAUGAAAGAAUCUGAUGAUUGGUUUUGUGAAUUAGAUUCCGAUUGGAAACGUCGAAAAAUGCUCCAUCAUAUACAAAAUAAACGUAAUCGGAUAUCAGAUAUGCGUCCAUUAUUUUUUCAAAAUAAUUGGGAACCAACCAUACAAUGUGAAUUUGAACGACGAGUUGGUAAUAUUGGUGAUGGUGGAAAAUGGGUUUGUGAUAUACAUCGUUUUGGACCUAUGAAUACUACAAAUCUACUGGUUUAUUCAUUGGGUUCGAAUGGUGAUUUUAGUUUUGAACGUGCAAUUAAAGAACUAUUUCGAAAUGCAGAAAUUCAUACAUUUGAUAUGGGACUAUUUAAAUGUCCUGAAAAUGUUUGUACAUUUCAUCAGGUUCGUUUAGGUAGUGGCAAAAAUGAUAGUUCAAAAUCUUUACAAAUGGUUAUGAAUGAACUUGGUCAUCAAAAUCGACAGAUUAAUAUACUUAAAGUUGAUAUUGAAGGUAGUGAAUUUAAUUUUUUUGAAGAACUAUUUCAGUCUUCAAAUAAUAAUCAAAGUGAUUUACCUUAUAUUCGUCAAAUUCUUUUUGAAAUUCAUCUUGGUGCUGAUAGAAGUGAAGCACCAUGUCGACGUGCACAUAAGUUAUUUGAAUUAUUUCGUUCUUAUAAUUAUGCAAUAUUUCAUAAGGAAGCAAAUUUAUAUGAUGCACAAAAUGUUUUUGAAUAUGCAAUGUUACGUUUAAAUCCAUCAUUCUUUAUAUCACCAUUAUGA